AUGACUGGAGGCAAAUCUGGUGGCAAGGCUAGCGGCAGCAAGAACGCGCAGUCUCGUUCUUCUAAGGCUGGCCUGGCUUUCCCCGUCGGUCGUGUUCACCGUCUUCUGCGCAAGGGCAACUAUGCUCAGCGCGUUGGUGCUGGUGCCCCCGUCUACUUGGCCGCCGUCCUCGAGUACCUCGCUGCCGAAAUCCUUGAGCUUGCUGGAAACGCCGCUCGCGACAACAAGAAGACCCGUAUCAUUCCCCGUCAUCUCCAGCUUGCCAUCCGAAACGAUGAGGAAUUGAACAAGCUUCUGGGACACGUUACCAUCGCCCAGGGUGGUGUUCUCCCCAACAUUCACCAGAACCUUCUUCCCAAGAAGACCCCCAAGGCCGGAAAGGGUAGCCAGGAGCUGUGA